AUGAAUCACUCACAUCCAGAAGAAACUUACUAUUGCCCGUCAAUAUGGCCACUGGACAUGCCAUGGCCUCAUUUGAUCGCUUUUUCGUUUUUUACCGCCCUUUUGUCACCAAUCAUCAUCAUCUCAAAUUCAGCACUAAUUUACGGACUGUACAAAAUGGAGCAGCUUAACACGAUCACAAACAAAUUCAUUCUCCUGAUGAAUAUUUCAGAUCUUGGCAUUGGAAUAUUCAUCACGCCAUCCAUGACUGCAAUGAUAACUUUAAAAGACAAGUACCGCAACUGUGCUUUUGAACAGGUUAUUCAAUAUGGCGUCUUUCUUCUCGCAUAUUUCUCCUUUUUCAUGUUGAUGUGCGUAUCUAUGGAUCGUUAUCUUCACGUGACGAAGCUCAAAAAGUACAAUAAGUUCAUGAACGAAUUUCGCAUGAAGGUGAUCGUUGUGUUUAGCUUCAUCACAUCGGCAAUAAUCGCCUACAUGUCGAUCGCGAUUCCUUCUUUCCCGCUGCAAGUCGUGUUGAAUUUAUCCAAUCUUACUUGCGUUCUAUUUGUGUUCAUCCUGUAUUCAAUGGUGUUCCGUAAAAUUGCUGUCCAUGCCGAGAGGAUCAAGAAAAUGUUCAGAGAUGCCAGAGAAGAUUUAAGUAACCGAGAAACAAGACGAGAAAUCUCGGCAACGAAAACGAUUCGUUUUGUCCUGGGUGCUUUGUUGGUUCUCUAUCUACCGUACAACAUUAGCUCCGCAAUUUGGACGUAUUACAAAUACCAGGAGAAGAGGAAUCCCCCAUUAAUCAUGAAUGUGAUAGAAUAUUGGACCUACGUUUUCCUGCUAAGUAAUGCAGCAAUAAACGCUAUCCUUUUUGCAUAUGGUAACAGUAUUGUGAGAAGAUUCUUGAUUGGCAAAUUCUUCAGAAGUCGUGUAUUCCCGAGCAGAAUUUCGCCUGCUUUUCCAGAAAAUUUGAAUUAA